AUCAACGUUAACCCACCACACCCACUCGCCCUCUCUCUCUCUCGUACACCUUCCGAGUAUUAUCCAAAGACAGAGAAUUUCUUGAUUCGGUUUUCAGUUUUUUCUUUCUCAGUGGAGAUUCUUUGUAAUUAGAGUUUUAGUGGGUAUUGCUAUUCUCUGCUGGUUUUGACGAUUUUCGAUCACUUUCUAAAUCUGGGCUUCCUGAAUAAGAAGAAACCAGUUUGUACACAUUAUCAAAAUCGGUUUGCUUUUGUUUUUUUUUUGUUUCUUUGAAUCCGAAGAGCUUCGAUUCAGAUUUGAGUGGUGUUUUGAUUAAAGAUCUGGGAUUGGUAUUAGUUGUCAAUGAGCGCAUUAGAUGAAAGGCAUUUAAAUGUGGAGGUGGAGAAUGGGAUUAAAAAUGGUUGCUUUGCGCUUGCUUUCGAGCAGCAACCAGAGACCAUAGCGAUACAAGAAGCUGUGAAAGUUCUAUUGCAAGGUCUUGGUGAGGAUAUCACUCGUGAAGGCAUAAGAAAAACACCUUUUCGUGUUGCCAAGGCUCUUCGAGAAGGAACCAGAGGUUAUAAACAGAAGGUUAAGGACUUUGUGCAGAGUGCUCUGUUUCCAGAGACAGGAUUGGAUGAUGGGCAAGCAGGAGGAGUGGGAGGUCUUGUUGUUGUCCGAGACCUCGAUCAUUACUCUUACUGUGAAUCUUGCUUGCUUCCUUUUCAAGUCAAGUGUCAUAUAGGAUAUGUACCUUCGGGCCAAAGAGUUCUUGGACUAAGUAAGUUCUCUAGAGUCACCGAUGUUUUCGCAAAGCGGCUCCAAAAGCCUCAGCGUUUAGCUGAUGAUAUAUGUUCAGCUCUCCAACAUUCGGUCAAACCUUCUGGAGUCGCUGUUGUUCUCCAAUGCUCACAUAUCCUCUUCCCGAGUCUAGACAUAGACUUUCCCGACUCGAGCAACAAUGGUUUUGUGGAGUUAAAUGUUACCUCGGGUUUAGGGGAUUUUGAGGAUGAAAGGUCGGAUCUUUGGUGUGAAUUUCUGAGUCUUUUGAAGUUCAAAGGCGUAAAACUGCAUAGAAACGGCUCUGUGAAAGACUGGUGCCCGAUCGUUGUUGAAAACUCAUCCAAAGUUUUACCUGCAGACUCGGAAAUGGUUUCUGCUGUAGUCUCCAUCUUGAAAUCUUUAGGAGAAGAUCCCUCAAGAAAAGAACUCAUUGCCACUCCCACCGGAUUCUUGAAAUGGAUGAUGAACUUCCAGAACGCUAACUUGGAGAUGAAACUCAACAGAUUUGACUGCAAAGUCAUGGAGAGAAGACUUAGUUGUGAGACGAAUAUCCGGUUUUGGUCCAUGUGUGAGCAUCACUUGCUUCCUUUUUAUGGAGUUGUGCAUAUUGGCUACUUCUGUGCUGAUGGUUCCAAACUCAUUGGAAGGUCACUAGUAGAGUCGAUUGUACAGUUUUACGGGUUUAAGCUCCAAGUGCAAGAAAGGAUGACUCGGCAAAUCGCAGAGACAUUGUCGCCACAAGUCGGGGGCGAUAUAAUCGUGGUGGCAGAAGCUGGACAUACUUGUAUGAUCUCUAGGGGAAUUGAGAAGUUUGGAAGUAGCACUGCUACAGUUGCGGUUUUAGGUCGGUUUUCGAGUGACCUUUCUGCAAGAACCAAGUUCCUAGAGAGUAUUCAGAAAACAGAGUAGAAGAGGCAUAUUGUCUCUCAUACGAUUAAAAAUCUUUUAGAAUGGUUCUGACUUGUUUUGUUCCUUUUUCUACCAUUGUUUUGUGUUCUGUUUUCUCAUGCCGAACAUUUUUUUUGUUCUGCCUUUGAAGUACAUAUUGUGGCUUUGUUCUGAUCAUC